AAUGGGCCGUUCGAGCUCAUCCCACGGCCCAGAUCCGUGCGGUGAUUUUUAAUUUUUUCACCUACCCCGGCUUGCAUUACCAUUACCACAGUAGAUGGAAAGCAAAUAUUUACCGCGGGUGUGGGGCAUUUGUGUGUUGCUGUGCUUAUUGCGCGCAUAUGCCCUUGCCUGCAUUGCGCGGCUAGCGAUAGUUCCAGCAGCGGCGGCAAAGAAGCGCGAUCCUUGCCCUAGCGCGCAUCCGCGGCGGCGGCACGCAUCCAAGGCGCCGGCCAGCGACCGGGAUCGACAUCGAAAUUCUCAGGUCAGGGCUUGGAUCGUAGCUCCGGGGAUGGAUUCCGGGGGUUAGGGAUUGCUGCUGGCUAUGCGGCGGCUGUGCCGGCUUGGCGACACUGAGAUCAAUGGUGCGGAGCCACGGCUGGCAGCUGCCUGCGCACGGGUUUCAGGUUGUGGCGAUCACUGUGUUCUUCCUCCUCGUAGUCGCGUAUUUCGUGUUUUUCGCGCCUUUCAUUGGGCCCAAUCCGUGGCAGUAUAUCGUAAUUGGGUGUUACUCGAUCUUGGCACUUGUGGUGUUCUUUCUUUACGUCAGAUGCACAGGAAUCAAUCCUGCAGACUCCGGAGUUUUUGUUGGCCAGAGAUUUCCCGAGCAGAAUGAGUUGAAAGGGCUGGUCUCGGAGUCAUCCGGAAGUGUGGUUCACAGACAUGGAGCGUCGGAAGUUCCCUCCGGUGUCGAGGGCAACAGAGAAAGAGGGCUGCUGUCAGUUUGCUGCGGCCUGAUCUGUGGCUGCCUUGUUUUGCCGGAUAACUGGUGGAAGCAAGAGACAUUGCCUACGCAACUGGACGAAGAUGUCCUUUACUGCACACUAUGUAACGCAGAGGUUCAUAAGUUCAGCAAACAUUGUCGAAGCUGUGAUAAGUGUGUUGAUGGAUUCGAUCACCAUUGUCGUUGGUUGAAUAAUUGCGUCGGUAAGAAGAACUAUCCAAGUUUUGUAGCGCUUAUGGCAGCAAGUCUUAUCUUGCUUAUUUUGCAGUGGGGAUCGGGUAUUGCUGUCCUUGUGCGGUGUUUUGUUCAUGAGGAAGAUACGAAAAGCCAGAUUGUAACGAAACUUGGUAAUGGAUUUACGCGAGCGCCCUUUGCAGCAGUUGUGGCAACGUGUACUCUGGUUUCUGUACUAGCGUCAGUUCCCCUCGGCGAGCUUUUCUUUUUCCACGUUAUACUCAUGAGAAAGGGAAUUACAACAUAUGAAUACGUCGUAGCGAUGAGAGCGCAAAACGAGCAACAAGGGCCAUCCGUGGAAGGAGAAGCACUAAGUGCUCCAUCAUCACCAGGAAGUUCAACCGCGACUGGGAUAACGGGCUCCAGCUCCCUGGGACUUCAAUACAGGGGUGCCUGGUGUACGCCGCCAAGAGUCUUCAUUGAUCACCAGGACGAAGUUAUUCCACAUCUAGAGCCAGGAAGAGUACCGUCAACCGUUGAUCCUGAUUCUGUUCCGAAGCUAGACAAGAAGUCUCAGAAACCACAAGUGAGGAUAAGUGCAUGGAAGCUGGCAAAGCUGAAUCCAACUGAAGCUGCCAAGGCCGCAGCAAAAGCCAGGGAAACCUCGUCGGUUAUAAAGCAGAUACCAGGCAAAGGGGUAGAGAUGGACUACAGUUCAAGUGAUGUAGGCAGCAGCAGAAGCAGUGCCAGUACCGACUUUGCUACAAUGCGUGGGAAAAGAGCUGACGAGGGGCGGUUUUCGGCCUCGAAACUUGUCGUGCCGCGCCCAAGAGAGGAGUACAAUAUCCACUUCGAUUCGGGAGACAACGUGACCUCGAGCAGAAGCAGCAUCAGCAGUCCCAGGCAUGUCUUGAACGACUCGGACGGAUUGAGUCCUCUACCUUCGAAGCCGAACUAUGCUCCAACCGGCACACUGCGCCUGUCAACUCCUCGCUCACUCGGAUCAACACAAGAAUCUACGGUUCGUACCUCCAACCUGAGACCCUUCACUCGUCCUCAGCGGUACACACUUUGGGGGGCUGGGAAAUAUGGUGGGAAUGAUUCUUCGAGCCUGGAUAGCUUAGAGGACAGGGCGUCGGGAUUCCUGGGUAGACCAAAGGGUGGUGACGGGAAGGCGAGUCCGGGGAAGAAGAACUCCGUGUUCUCUUACAUCAGGCAGGCAUGGCCGGAGGUAUCGGUUCCUGCCUCGUCCUACGAUAUAGAAAGCGGGCAAAGAACAGCACGCCCAGCGUUCGUCCCAGCCACAGAGAGCACGUCAAACCUUCCAAGCACAAUGCGAAAGGCUCAAGACGCUCCUCUCCGGAAGGCUGACGACCUCUUGUACCCGGAGAACAGCAUUUUCUUCGGUGGACCUCUUCACGUCCCGGGCACAGGGAAGCCGAGCCCUCAGCAGCAUCAGCAGCAGCAGCAGCAGGAGCAACAACAGCAUCAAACGACGCGUUUCAAUGCUGCUCCCAGAUCGGCCACCGAGUCGGCAGUUUUCCAGUCGGGUAGGCAGCCUUUUCGGGGAUCAGCAGCUCGAUCGUAUUCUCCAGUUUUUGCCCCUCGGUUUUUCAAUCCGGGAGGUGGAGGCUAUCCUCCGGCAACUUAAUGGGUUCUUUGCGGCAGGGGGGACUUUUGAGUUUGGGGAGUUUUCGGGAUUUUUUUUAAGGUGUCUGAUGGCCCUCGUGAAGACGACGUUCUUUUCACAUUCUCGCAGUUAUAUGAGAUGUUCAAAUGACGUGUAGGGAGUUCUAGAUGACUCAGGUCUGUGUACAUUUCAUUCAUGCAACGAACUAAAUUGAUAGUGGAACUUUUCCACGCUUUUAUUAUCACUAAUUUGAUAGUGGAACUUUUCCAA